CAACAAAUUUAUAAUUAGAAUAAACAUUCGCAAAAAGUGAAUAAACACGCCUAAUUUAAAUUCUGUCCUUGUCGGCGUGUUGUAGUUUUUAAUUUUGGAAACACGUGUGGUGGUUUUUUUGCAGAUUUUUGCAAAAAACAUCGCUUUGUUUUUUAAUGUUCGGCAUUUCACACUUUUAACCGAAUUAUGGAGGCACCCAAAACCUCUGAUGUGGUCUUGAUAGGUGGCAAUUCACACCCAGAAUUGGUCAACCUAAUUUCGCAACGUUUGGGGGUUAAAUUCGGGGGCUGUGCCGUCUACCACAAAACCAACCGGGAGACCAUGGUGGAAAUCGGUGAUUCGGUGCGAGGGAAGGAUAUUUACAUUAUUCAAACGGGUACCAAAGACGUAAAUAACAAUAUUAUGGAGCUUCUAAUCAUGGCAUAUGCUUGUAAGACUUCCUCGGCCAAGUCCAUUGUGGGGGUUAUUCCCUACCUCCCCUACAGCAAACAAUGCAAGAUGCGGAAACGCGGGAGCAUUGUCUCGAAACUUCUGGCCCAGAUGAUGGUAAAAUCUGGGCUCACCCAUAUCAUCACCAUGGACCUCCACCAGAAGGAGAUCCAGGGCUUUUUCGACUGUCCAGUCGACAACCUACGCGCUAGUCCCUUCCUCCUCCAAUAUAUCCAAGAAAGUAUUCCAGACUACCGCAACUCCGUCAUAGUGGCCCGCAAUCCAGGAACGGCCAAAAAGGCCACUUCCUACGCGGAACGUCUCCGACUGGGGAUUGCAGUGAUCCAUGGGGAGCAAAAAGUGGCAGAAUCGGACGAAGUGGAUGGGAGGUACUCCCCCCCGACCAUCCCCCGGUCCAGGACCAUGGACGCAGGCGUGGGGGUCCCAGUCCACAUCGCUAAAGAAAAGCCCCCAAUUAAUGUGGUCGGCGAUGUAGGGGGCCGUAUCGCUAUCAUGGUGGACGACUUGAUUGAUGAUGUCCAGUCCUUUGUGACAGCUGCUGAAGUUUUGAAGGAACGUGGGGCUUACAAAAUUUACGUUUUGGCUACUCAUGGCCUACUAUCGUCUGAUGCGCCGAGGCUAAUUGAGGAUUCACCCAUUGAUGAAGUUGUGGUGACAAAUACGAUUCCGCACGAAUUGCAAAAAAUGCAAUGUCAUAAAAUCAAAACGGUGGAUAUAUCGAUUUUGUUGUCGGAAGCGAUCAGGAGAAUUCACAACAAAGAAUCAAUGUCGUAUCUAUUCAAAAAUGUCACGCUUGAAGAUUAAGCAUUUCGCAUAUCUUAUUAAGUAUUAAACUUGUUUUUUUUUUCAUGUCAAGUAUUUUUGCAUCUUUUCUUUCUAUGGCGUAAAUAAAGUGAUUAAAAAGCA